UUGAAUAUCGUCAUGUUGUUGUGCAUUAAGAUAGUCGGCCGACUGUAUGUAUUACACGCAAAGGCGAGAAUUUUCAGAUCUAAUCAAAUAAGGACUCUAAAUGCAUACAGAUGAAGCUAGAGAAAACAUGAAAUGAAAACGUAAAAUACUCAAAUCCAUCGAAUAAAAGCUAGAAGAAUGAACCUAUGAAGGAUAUAAAAUUUUCAUAGUAAGCAUUACCUUCAUUUCCAUAGUCGAAGAAUGGAAAGAAUAAAUUACAAUGUAAGGGAAUCACAUGAAGGCCAAGCCCUAAAUUUUCCUUAUUAUCAUAGACAAAUAGACUAUAUAAAUCAAAUAAUAUUAUUCGUGUAUAACAUAGUUUCCCUCAUUAUGAAAUCAUUAUUUCAAAGGUUUACAACCAUGCUACAACACAUGAACAGUAAACUUUAUCAAACAACACAUAGAAUAGGAAAACAAGUAACAGGUAUAAUUAAUUCUUACUAUGAACUAUUCUGUACAAUAAUUCGUCAAAACGCCAUACUACCUAUUGUAAACAGAUUAAUAAAUAUAUUUAUACAUGAAAUUGCGUUGAAAUCGCAAAUAAUUUCAGAAAUGUAUAAAUUUAAUUCCCUGUCAUCUCAUUAUUACAUAAGACACAUCAUCAAAAAGUGCACCCCUCUAAACUUGGACACACAUAAACAGAAACUGCAGGAGCUGAAUGCGAUCAUAUGCGCAGAACACGUCAGAAUAUACGUCUACUGUGUAUUAUGUGAAAUUAAAGUCUACAUACUAACUAUUUUAGCCACUAUUGAACGUCUUUGCUCCGUCACAUCGAUUAUACUGGAGAUAUUAAGAAUACUGUGUAAACUAUUCAUAAUAUUGUCUGAAACAUUAUGGUUUGUAGCUUUCAUUAUGAAAUUUAUUUGUCAGUAUCUAUAUUUAUUUACUACCACUCUAAUUACUUUCAAUAAGCUAAUAACCAAACUAUCUAAUAGAGCACUCAAUGAAACCGUUUACAGCAGGAAAUGAAAAGUAUCAUAUCGUACGAAACUGAAAUAUGUACAACGCAAUUGAAUAAAUUUUGACAAGUGCAG